AUGCCACCAUCCCUAACAGGCGCUGCCCAGACUUGUACCGAGACCAGCCGUCAGAUUUUGCACAGCGCGGCGUUGUGCUGUCUGUACCUGUACCAAUGGAGCAAGGCAAGCGGUCCAACUCAGGUUGGUAACCGAAAUGACCAUGUUGUUGGAACGCACAGCCGCAUUCUUUCCGUGUGA